AUGACAACAAUGAACAACUAUCGCCCCCCCACGGCAGAGGAAAAACUCACCAUGUCUCCCAUCGACAGGCUGAGCAAGUGGCUGGAGCUCAAGGUUUACCAGCUCGAGGUGACGAUGAGCGUGUACAUGUUUACGCCGAUGGAGAAGUUUAUUUUUUACUCGAUCCUGUUCCUCCUGACCAGCCUGACGCUCAUCGCGACGGUCUUGUAUCUCCCCCAUCACAUCGCCUUCAUAGUGGGGAGGGCGUGGUUUUAUAUGCAUGGGGAGGUGCCGGUGGAUGCGGUAGAGAAGGUGACGAGUUCGACGUUGGGGAAGGUUGCGGAGGUGACGGCUGGGGUUGUGAAGGAGCUCUAA